CCCCCCACCGCCCACCGCUUCUCCCCCUCCCCCUCCCCCUCCCAACACCCAUACCUCUCCUCCACCCCCCCAAGCUCAACACCUCACGCCUCCACCCCACAGCCGCCCGCCACCACCACCACCACCCCUGUCCUCCCUCUCUCUAGCACCCCACAACCCCAACCCACCCCCCAAACCCUAACUCCCUUCUUCACGCUGAUCUCCAACCCGAGCAGCACAAUCCACAAGCACCCGGCAGUCCACUACGUCUUCUCUGACGACGACUUCGACCCCAUCUCUCCCAGUGCCAGCGGCAAAGAGCGAGAGCAAGAGCGCGUGGUGGUAGUCGACAUGAACGCGGACGGGGAAUCGGUCGCGGCAGCGCACAGUUUCUCCAGCGACUGGCAGGUCACUGGCGUCAACGUCGCCAGCGCUCCGCAGUGGAUGGCCGGGGAUGAGGAUGGGGGUGGUGGAGGUGCGAGCGGGAGUGGCGGGGGGUUGAUGUUGACCAUUAGAGGGCUGGAGGCGCCGAAGGUUGGGUCGGUGGGAGCGGCGGUGACGGCUUCUGGAGCUACGGGGGGGGGGAAGGAGAGCUUAUAUGAACUCGCGGAGAUGUACCACGAGAGGUUCGCUCCCACUCACCUGCUUAUUUGCGUUGCCCUCCGCGCGCUAAUUAAUGCUGACGACGAGUACCGUUCCGUUAGAAUGGCGGAAAUCAAGAGCGUGAUCGAAUACGCCGAGAGGUCCGCCAGUGCCGGUGCCAGUGCUGAGCCGGAA